CCAUGUCGUUUGGCCGAUAGUGGUCUUCCCGGACAAACCUAAACUAACUAGAAGGUAACUUUAGCUAAAGUGGCGAACCAUUCCUCAAAGACCAGAGCCCUUCAUGUUUAAUUGUGGCUUUAUGUGCAUUCCGCCUUUUUUUUAACCCAUGCAACCUGACGUGGUUGACUUUGAAACGGACACCAAAGUCCAUGUUUACAAAAGCGGACACUUAAAAAUGGCUCAAUCCCGUCGAAUUUACCAAUUGAUAACCGGUCCUUGCUUUCAAAAUAAAAGCCUAUUUAGUGCAGAGCGCUUGUAACGUUUUAUGCAAAGUCUCGACAUCUCCGCUCUUCCACUGGCCAUCUCACCGACUUGACAUCAGCCCUGCUUCACCCUGACAACAUGUACGCGCUCCACGCUCGUAGUCUCUCCAACACACACACAGACUCACGGACGCGCGCGCACGCACACGCACUUCCUCACUCCUUUCUCUUUUCAAAAGCCCCUUGUGAAGCAGAUUGACAGGCUAGAAUGAAAAUGAGGCGGACGCUCGCUCACGGCUUCAGUGCGUACGCGUCCUUUUGAGAAGACCUCUAAACUUGGAUCAUAUCACCAUGGGAGCUAUUUGGGCUGCAAGGAACUUUUGUUUGUUUUUGCUCUUGUUAAAUAGUCGCCAAAGCGCAGCGCUUCCAAAUAUUCGAGACCCAUGUGAAGAAGGAAGUGAUGGCUGUCACAUCGAUGCUAUUUGUCAGACUACCCAAGGCUCAUACAAGUGCUCGUGUAAAGCAGGUUAUAAAGGAGAUGGAAAACACUGUGAAGACAUCGAUGAAUGUGACUUGGAGUACAAUGGCGGCUGUGUACAUGAGUGCAACAAUAUACCAGGCAAUUAUCGGUGCACUUGUUAUGACGGAUUCAAUUUGGCACAUGACGGACAUAACUGUCUAGAUGUGGAUGAAUGCAAGUUCAACAAUGGAGGGUGCCAACACACUUGUGUUAACACCAUGGGCAGCUACGAGUGCCGCUGCAAAGAUGGGUUCUUCCUCAGCGACAACCAGCACACAUGCAUCCACCGCUCUGUUGAGGGCCUCAACUGUAUGAAUAAGGAGCACGGCUGCACCCACAUCUGCAAAGAGACACCCAAGGGGGGUGUGGCCUGCGAGUGUCGUCCAGGGUUCGAGCUGGCCAGGAACCAGAGAGGCUGCAUCUUAACUUGUAACCAUGGCAACGGAGGCUGCCAGCACACCUGCGAGGACACGGAAAACGGCCCCAUAUGCAGGUGUCACGUCAGGUACAACCUGCAGCCUGACAAGAGGUCGUGUGUAGAACGAGAUGAGGCCACCACAGAGUCCGCGGAGCACAACGCCACUUCCUUCACUGAGGUGGACAAACGGGUCAAGCGAAGGCUGUUAAUGGAAACCUGCACAUCAAACAAUGGGGGGUGCGACUGCACCUGUAAAGACACAUCCACAGGUGUGCGCUGCAGCUGCCCGGUCGGCUUCACACUGCAGCCGGAUGGAAAGACAUGCAAAGAUAUUGACGAGUGUGAACCUCACAACGGCGGCUGUGAACACUCCUGCAGGAACACCAUCGGCAGCUUUGAGUGCAACUGCAGGAAAGGCUUCAAACUGCUGACGGAUGAGCGUUCAUGUCAAGAUAUAGAUGAAUGUUUUUUUGAGCGGACAUGUGGUCACACGUGUGUGAACUCCCCUGGUGGUUUUCAAUGCCUGUGCAACAAAGGCUACACCAUGUAUGGGCUGGCCCACUGCGGAGAUAUAAACGAAUGCAGUGUGAACAAUGGUGGUUGUGAGCAGGGUUGUGAGAACACCGUGGGUGGAUUUGAGUGCGUCUGCCGUCCUGGUUAUAAGCUGCACUGGAACAAAAAGGAUUGCAUUGAGGCUGAGGGUUUCCCGCCCACUAAACCCCCUUCUAAACCUACCUUGAACUGUAGUAAGCAGGAGGGAGGGGACCGCUGCUCCCUGACCUGCCAGUCCCAAGUUCACAUCAGCAGCGGGACGGAGGAUUCUUACACGGUGACCUGUGGAAUGCCUCUGCCCUGCUUGGCUGACGCACAAAGGAACGACAGCGGCUUGCGUUGCUUAGGUCCAGAAAUGGCCAGUGUCCCACGCAUCAAGACCACGGCCACUUUCAAGUCUGGCACUACAAAGUGCAACUUAAAAAGAAGUCAGGAGAAGCUCAAAGAGAGCUUAAACUCUCCACACUCAGAUAGCAGGUUCCUCUUCACUGAAAAUGUCCAGUUCAGCUAUGUGAGCCUGCGCUGCUCCUCGUCCGUGCCGCGAAUGCGUAGCCGCCACGGCAGGAAAGCCGGCGAGGAGGACGUCUCCUCAAUAACAGCUGAGUUUGAGCUGGAUGUGAACCUAGAGGAGGUAACAGCAGAAAGCUGUGACCUGAACUGUGUGCGCCGGCGUGCAGAGAAGAGGCUCAGGAAGACCAUCAGGACCCUGAGGAAGUCCAUCAACCGGGAACAGUUCCACCUGCACUUCGCCGGGUCUGACUACGAGCUCGCCACGGGUCUGGGCAAGCCGGCAGGACUACCCGGACACUGUGUGGCGGGACAGGUGCUGGUGGGCAGGAAGUGUGUGAGCUGCAGCGUUGGGACUUACUACGACGGAGAUCAGGGAAGGUGUGUUUUGUGUCCAUCUGGAACGUAUCAGGAUGAGGAGGCACAGAUGUCCUGUGAAGUUUGUCCCGGACCCGAAGGAAGAGACGUCUCCAAGGUAGUCGGAGCCCGAAACAUGUCAGAGUGUGGAGGUCAGUGUCCCCCAGGUCAGUACUCUCAUGACGGCUUCACCCCGUGCCUGCUCUGUCCACUGGGAGCGUACCAGCCAGAAGUGGGACGCACCAACUGCUUCCCUUGUGGAGGGAACCUGGUCACCAAGCGCAUCGGCGCUGUUACCUUUCAGGAGUGUGAGACCAAAGUCCAGUGCUCUCCCGGACAUUACUAUAACACCAGCACACACCGCUGCAUCCGUUGCCCCGUAGGCACGUAUCAAGGAGAGUUUGGGCGAAACUACUGCGUCUCCUGCCCUGGAAAUACCACCACCGACUUUGACGGCUCCACCUACUUCAUGCAAUGCAAAAACCGACAAUGUGGAGGAGAGCUUGGGGAUUUUACUGGCUUCAUCGAGUCCCCAAACUACCCAGGGAACUACCCGGCCAAUGUGGAGUGCACCUGGACCAUCAACCCGCCGCCCAAACGCAGGAUCCUCAUUGUGGUCCCAGAAAUCUUUCUGCCUAUAGAGGACGAGUGCGGCGACUACUUAGUGAUGAGAAAGAGCUCUCUGUCCAACUCGGUGACAACCUACGAGACUUGUCAGACAUACGAACGUCCCAUCGCUUUCACGUCCCGCUCCAAGCGACUCUGGAUACAGUUUAGGUCCAACGAGGGAAACAGUGGGAAAGGUUUCCAGGUCCCUUAUGUGACAUACGAUGAGGACUACCAGGAAUUGAUAGAAGACAUAGUCAGAGAUGGAAGAUUGUACGCUUCAGAGAAUCACCAGGAAAUUCUAAAGGACAAGAAACUCAUGAGGGCGCUGUUUGAUGUUCUGGCUCACCCACAGAACUUCUUCAACUACACAGCACAGGAGUCAAGAGAAAUGUUCCCCAAAUCAUUUAUCCGCUUCCUGCGCUCCAAAGUCCUGAGAUUUCUUCGCCCUUAGAACAUGAGGGUAAUGGAAAAUUUCACUGAAAACCCUCUAGACCAGAUACUGGCACCCAAAAUCUGUUUUAUCCACGGACACCUUGUAAAGUAUUCUGUAGCUAUCUGUUUUCACAUAGAGUGACACUACAGUGGACUACACACUUGAUAAAACUGAUCCUGAAAAGUGGUGAAACAUUUGCUGAUUGAAUCAUUAUGCAAAAAAAACAAAUACUGUAGCUAAACAGAUAUACUACCCUGAAUGUCAGUGAUGCUGUGUAUAUAGAGUGUGUAUCUAGUUUUAACACUACUUUCACAGGUAGAGCUUAAUUGAAAGAAAAACUGCAAAAUGUCAGAAAAAAAAUAUAGCACAAAUGUUUUCUCGGGAACAUUAGCACUACUUAAGAAGUAGUGGCACCACAAAAGCAAUUAUUCUGAUGAAUGUUUUGUAUAUAAUGUAAAAAGUUUGAGGUGAAACGCUAAUGUAAUGUAGUAACUACGUACAUUUUUGACAGUCAAGCAUUGCUGCAAAUUCUGGUGGCUCAUGUAUAUGAUGCCUCAAGGUGUGCAGAUGAUAACUUACACCAGUAUGCAUCAAUAUAUUUUUAUACCGUUUACUAGAGACCAAAGAGAACUGUUCAGAGUACAUUCAAAUAAAUGAAAAGUCCUGUAAAAUACAAUUGAGCUAUUCACCUGUCUUAGAUAACAUAUGUAUGUAUAUUUUCUAUGGUU